GCAACGAAAAAAAUCUACGGAAAAUAGAACAACAACUCAUUUGACUCGUCAUUCCCACAAUCCAAAUUCCAAAGAAUCAGACGCAAAUUCCGGGUAUCGACAAAUCCGAGAAGAGUGAAGAAGCAGCCAUAUAACAUAUUUCCCGUGUCCGUGUGAAUAAAAGUCUCGAUGAUUCGAACAAACUGCGGUUCCUUAAACCAAUAGAAAUCCCACGAAAACAAAAUCGCUGGAAUAAGUCAGCAUCAUUUCUCCUUUCUCCGCCUAGCUGUGAAAUUGGAUCUCUAUGUUUAAAUCGGAAAGGGGUUCGUUGAGAAGAGAUUGCUAGAUGGGGAACACUUGCGUCGGACCAAGUUUUUUAAAGAAUGGAUUCAUCCAAUCAGUUUCCGAUACAAUGUGGCGAACCCGAUCACCUGAUGAACCUCCGGCAGCCUUUAACGGAGAUGAAGCUACAGAUCACCAAUCACCAUUACCCGUCCAAAACAAACCACCACAACACAUAACGAUCCCGAAAACUGGAAAGAAACAAGAAACAGAACCAGUGAAACCCAAGAAAGCUGGUCAGAUGAAGAGGGUAUCAAGUGCCGGACUCCGUACAGAUUCCGUCUUGCAAAGAAAAACCGGCAACCUGAAGGAAUUCUUCUCUUUGGGGAAGAAAUUAGGACAGGGGCAGUUUGGGACGACGUUUCUCUGUAUAGAAAAAGCUUCCGGUGAGCUCUACGCCUGUAAAUCAAUCGCAAAAAGGAAGUUAUUGACCGAUGAGGAUGUAGAAGAUGUGAGAAGAGAAAUUCAAAUAAUGCAUCAUCUAGCGGAACAUCGAAAUGUUAUAUCGAUUAAAGGGGCGUAUGAAGAUGCUGUAGCUGUUCAUCUUGUUAUGGAAUUGUGUGCCGGAGGUGAGCUUUUUGAUCGGAUUAUUCAGCGUGGACAUUACACAGAAAGAAAAGCGGCGGAGCUUACUAGAACCAUCGUGGGAGUUGUGGAGGCUUGUCACUCUAUGAGUGUUAUGCAUCGGGAUUUGAAGCCUGAGAAUUUUCUUUUUGUGGAUAAAAGGGAAGACGCUCUUCUCAAAACUAUAGAUUUUGGAUUAUCGGUUUUCUUUAAGCCAGGUGAAUCUUUUCAUGAUGUAGUUGGUAGCCCAUAUUAUGUUGCACCAGAAAUCUUGAGAAAAAAUUAUGGUCCUGAAGCAGAUGUUUGGAGUGCAGGGGUGAUUGUUUACAUCUUAUUAAGUGGGGUUCCUCCUUUUUGGGCUGAAACAGAGCAAGGAAUAUUUGAACAAGUUCUUCAUGGUGAUCUUGAUUUCACAUCUGAUCCAUGGCCAAGUAUUUCUGAUGGAGCAAAAGAUCUUGUGAGAAGAAUGCUUAUUCGAGACCCAAAAAGGAGAUUAACUGCACAUGAAGUUUUAUGCCAUCCUUGGGUUCAAGUUGAUGGUGUGGCUCCAGACAAGCCUCUUGACUCUGCAGUUCUAAGUCGCAUGAAACAAUUUUCAGCCAUGAACAAGCUCAAGAAAAUGGCUCUUAGGGUUAUAGCGGAGAGCUUAUCGGAAGAAGAAAUAGCUGGACUGAAACAGAUGUUUGAGAUGAUUGAUACUGAUAACAGUGGUCAAAUUACUUUUGAUGAACUUAAGGAUGGAUUAAAAAGAGUUGGUGCUAAUCUUAAUGAGUCAGAAAUUUACGAUCUUAUGCAAGCAGCAGAUGUGGAUAAUAGUGGAACAAUUGAUUAUGGAGAAUUUGUUGCUGCAACAUUGCAUAUGAACAAAAUCGAGAAAGAAAAUCAUUUAUUUGCGGCCUUUUCUUAUUUUGAUAAAGAUGGAAGUGGUUACAUUACUGCCGAUGAGCUUCAACAUGCUUGUGAGGAAUUUGGCAUAGAUGCUCACCUUGAAGAGUUGAUUCAAGAUGUUGACCAAGACAAUGAUGGGCGCAUAGACUACAACGAGUUUGUGGCGAUGAUGCAAGGACAUGCCAAUGUGAAUGUGGGUGCUAAGAAAAGCUUAGAUACUAGUUUCAGCAUUAAGUUUAGAGAAGCACUAAAACUAUGAACAUAAAAGGUUUUCGUUUUUUCUUUCUUGUUUAUUUAUUAAUGGUUAUUUGUUGAGAAAAUCAUACGAAGAUAUAGGAUUAAACAGUUGUUUGUUAUACCAAUCGGGAUUCGGGUGUUGGACUCUUGCGGUUUUGAAGUUCAACUGUUUCUGCAAGUCUACACAAAUUAUAUUGGUCUUAUAUACAUACAAGUGAAUGUGAUAGAGAG